AUGACCUUUUACUUUAAGGAGAAUUUGCAUGCUAAUUUCAAAUACAAGAUAAAGAAAAUGAGAGUUGAUAUGAAAACUACUUCCAACAUUUAUGCUCAUUUUGAAAAGUGUAAGAGAGCCAAAAGACUGGUUUUGGAGGAAAUGAAAGGUCGUUUUUGUGAUGAUUAUAAGAAACUUGUUGGAUAUGCAAAUGCUUUAAAAGAGACUAAUGAAGGAACUGAUGUUGUCCUUAAGUUUUCAAGAAAUGCAACAAUUUUGAAGGGUAAAACUAAAGGUCAAUUGUUAUCUGCUAUUGGUCAAGACUCAAUGAACCAUUUCUAUCCUAUUGCUUCGGAUAUUAUGGACGGAGAGUGCAAGACAUCUUGGGUGUGGUUCUUGAAACAACUUCAGAAGUCUCUAAACAUCAACAGUGGAGAAGGAAUCACAUUCAUGUCUGAUACUCCUACAACUAUUAAAAUGUACAAUAAAUUCUUGAAGAUUGCUAAUGUGUGUGAAUUAAAUUUUAAUGGAAAUAUGAGGGCUCUUCUUUACAAGAAUCUUGAUCCAUUUGUAGAGAUUCACUGGUGGUACUCUAAGGAGGCAUAUCUUUUGACUUACCAUUGUAAGCUACAAUUAGUGGCUGGUCAAAAGUUCUGGAAAAUUGAAGUAGAACAAGCAAUGGAACCACUAGAAUUGGUAAACUUAGCUGGCAGACCUAGAAUGAAUAGGAAAAGAGAUAAAGAUGAAGCACUUAAGAGACAAACUGAGUGGGUUGCACCACGAAGAGGGAGAAAAAUGACAUGUUCAUGUUGUGGGAUUCCUGGACACAAUGCAAGAGGUUUUCAUAAGUUUAAUCAGAAUCGUGAAGAAGGCACUUCAAAUACAGGACAGGUUAAAAGUAGAAGCAAAAGGUAA